AGAAGAGACACUCCCAAACUACUUCCCAUUGGCCAUAGGCCUUUCGGAGAUGGAAUUUAACGACUUGAAGGAAAGACUGUUGCUGCAGGAGCCACAGAGGCAUUGGUUAUAAGGGCCCUUUCAAACUCCUGCUCUGAGCUGGUCAACAGGUGUCAGAGAGAGAAACAAUAGAGCGACAGAUUCUCAGGCUUUCAGAGGACGGAGUCACAGGGAAUUGCAACGCCAUGACUACUAGACUUCACUGGCUCUCAAGAGCCCUCUGCCUGAUAGGCAUACUGUGCACCGUCACUACCACAUAUGUGACAGAAGAUUCUCCAGCCCCCGCUGAGAAAGGAGUCACCUUCAGCCACAUCUAUAAGAUAGACCUGGCCAAGAGCCCUGACUGUAAAUUGGCCUUGCAGACCAUGCCUCACCAGCAGGACCAGGAAUCAGGUCUGCAAGAGCUGGAGGGGGGCCCUACUCUGGAGGGGGACAAGGACAUAGUCUUCAGGCACCAAAUCAACCUCAAGACCCCAAAGUGUGACUGUGAUGAGUCAGAGCGCUUCAAGUCUUUGCUGUACAGAGUCAACGGGCUGGAGGAGGAGGUGGAACACCUGAAGAGUCAGUGCUCCCAGGGCUGCUGUGGUGGCAAAGGUGGUGGAGCAGGAGGUGUGGACACUAGCUGUAGUGGCCACGGGACCUACCAGCACGACACCUGCAGCUGCCAAUGUAACCCUGGCUGGGAAGGCCCAGACUGCUCCAUCUCCACCUGUCCUGAUGAGUGCAACGACCACGGGCGCUGUGUGGAUGGCAAGUGUGUGUGCCUUGCUGGCUACAUGGGGAGAGACUGCAGCCAGAUGAUGUGCCCAGGCGACUGCAAUGAUAAGGGACACUGCGUGGACGGGAAGUGUGUGUGCUUCAGCCACUUCACCGGCGAAGACUGCAGCGAACAGAAAUGCAGUCCUGACUGCGUCCACGGCACCUGCGUGAAUGGAAUGUGUAUCUGUGACGAGGGCUUCUUUGGGGAUGAAUGCUCUGCAGUGUUUGGCCCUAACGGCCUGCGUCUGGUCAGGGUGACUGAUGUCUCGCUGCUGGUAGAGUGGCAGGCGGUGAGAGCAGCAGAGUACUACGUCUUGACCUGGCACCCCGAGGGCAACGAGGCAGAGCGGGUCACCGUUCCCAACACAGAGACCUCCUACCUGAUCACCGGUCUUAGGCCGGGGGUCACCUACAUAGUGCAGGUGUACGCUGUCAUCAAGGAGAUCCAGAGCGAGGGGGACAGGAUAGAGGCGACCACAGUGGUGUCUGGUAUUGAUGGUAUCCGGGUAUUGGGCCAGACUGAGGACUCUAUCCAGGUGGACUGGCAGAACCCUGCAGCACCUCUGGACCACUUCAGACUGACCCAUGCUAACCCUGACGGGCAGGAGGAGGAGCAGAUCGUACCUAUGAGUGCAGAGGCCAGGACCACCAACACCAUCGUAGGACUGCAACCUGGCACUGAGUACCUCAUCACAGUACAAGGCAUCAAAGGCACCAUCGAGGGGAAAGCCUCCUUCGUCACCGGGGUCACAGAUCUGGAUGCUCCUGCUAACCUGUUGACCAGAGAAGUGACAGAGGACACAACGACAGUAACAUGGGAAAAAGUCCAGGCUGAAAUCGACGGCUAUGUGAUCAGCUACAGCUCUGUUGAGGGCUCCAGUGGGGAGAUCCCUGUGGGGGCAGACAGCAGCUCCUACAGGCUGACUGGGCUGAGGCCUGGAGUCAUCUACACAGUCUACAUCUGGGCUGUCAAGGGCUCCCGGGUCAGCAGGAAGAGCUCCAUUGUAGCUGAGACAGAUCUGGAUGCUCCUACUAACCUCUUGACCAGAGAAGUGACCGAGGACGCAGCCGAUGUGUCGUGGGACAGACCUCUAGCGGACAUCGACGGCUACGUGAUCAGCUACAGCUCUGCUGAGGGCUCCAUGGGGAGGAUCCCUGUGGGGGCAGACAGCAGCUCCUACAGGCUGACUGGGCUGAGGCCGGGAGUCAUCUACACAGUCUACAUCUGGGCUGUCAAGGGCUCCCGGGUCAGCAGGAAGAGCUCCACACCAGCUGAGACAGAAAUUGAUUCGCCUAAGAACCUAAAAGUGUCAGAUGUUAAGCUGGAUGCUGCGACCCUGACCUGGACUGCUCCCUUAGCCAGAAUCGAUGGCUACAUCCUCACAUUCAGAGCUGAGGAUGGCACAUUGAAGACUUCGGAGAAGAAGCUGAGGGCAGGAGAGAGCAGGUUUGCCAUGUCAGGCCUGGAGAUGGGAAAGAACUAUAUUGUUACCCUCCUCGCUUACAGAGGAGCAAAGAGGAGCAGAGUGAUAGAGACCACAUUCAAAACAGUGGGUUUAUUGUACCCGUUCCCCAUGGACUGUACUCAGAUUAAGACGAAUGGUAACAUGGCAAGUGGAAUCUACACGAUUUAUAUCAACAGUGAUCGCACCAAGCCCAUGGAAGUGUACUGUGACAUGGACACUGAUGGCGGUGGAUGGGUGGUGUUACAAAGACGCAACAAUGGACAGAUGGACUUCAUGAAGCGCUGGAGACAAUACAUGGCCGGCUUUGGGAACAUGACUGAUGAGUUCUGGCUCGGUCUGGACAAUAUAUAUGAGCUGACCAAUACUCCUACCCAGUAUGAGCUGCGAGUGGACCUGGGUGUGGGUUCAGAGAAGGCCUAUGCUGUCUAUGACAACUUCAAGAUAGCUCCAGCAAAGCAGAAGUUCAAGCUGACCAUCGGCAAAUACAGAGGAACAGCAGGUGAUGCCAUGAACUACCAUCAAGGUCGCCCUUUCUCUACUGUUGACAAUGACAAUGACAUUGCUCUCGGUAACUGCGCACUUACUCAUCGUGGUGCUUGGUGGUACAAGAACUGUCACCUUGCCAACCUGAACGGCAAAUUCGGAGACAACAGACACAGCAUGGGUGUGAACUGGGAGCCAUGGAAAGGCCACCUGAUGUCUCUUGAUUUCACUGAGAUGAAGAUCCGGCCAGUGGGCGCCAACAGGAAGAGGAGGUCGCUUAGCAGCAGAAUAGCUCCUAGAAAAUAGUCCCUCUGAGUAACUAAAAUAUUCAAUGGGAACCUCAUUACAAACCAGGCGGAGUAGCUAGAGCCUCAACUCUAUCACAGGAUUACUGUAUUACUGUACCUUCUGUAACGUAUCACAUGCCUGUCUUUAUUAUGAAUAGGGGUCCCUUUUGUGAUCGCAAAUUCAUCAGGGACCCCCUCAUAAUCAGACCACAACUCGAGUGAGAUAAAAAUAGCAUUCAAGGAGUUUUACUAUGACUUCAGCAGUGCAUGGCCAGACGAACCAAGUCUCAGGCCCUGGGAAGGAAUGUUAAACAUAAUUUAAAAAAUGUAUAUUGUUUGACUUUUUUUUUUUAUCUGGCCACGGACCCCCCGCGGACCCCACUUUAAGAAUCCCUGAGCUAGAUGACCCAAUGACACCAUGUUUUUAGGAUAGUUAUAUCGCUCUUGUUCACAUUCACAACAUAGCAUAGACCCUGACCCUCUCUUCUAAGGUUUGGUCCCCUGCCUACCCAGCCUACUCUGAGUUAGCUAGAUAUCACAUUUCAGAUGUCAUGCAUAGGAAAUAGAAUAGAUGAUAUGCUCCUGUGCUUGUAAGAUUGUAUUUUCAAAUGUGUAUUGUAGUUGUUGUAUUAUAUUCAUGCCACACAUUCUCAGAGAAAUAAAGUCCCGUAAAAAAAAAGUUGCUUUUUAGCUCUAGCAUCUACAGUA